AACGGCCGCGAGAGGUGCCGGGAGAUCCGGGCUAGUCGCCGCGAUGCUGCUUUUCUGCCCGGGCUGCGGGAACGGGCUGAUCGUGGAGGAGGGGCAGCGCUGCCACCGCUUCGCUUGCAACACCUGCCCCUACGUGCACAACGUCACCCGCAAGGUAACAAAUCGGAAGUAUCCAAAGCUGAAAGAAGUGGAUGAUGUGCUCGGUGGAGCAGCUGCCUGGGAGAAUGUUGACUCUACUGCAGAGCCGUGUCCCAAAUGCGAACACCCUCGUGCCUAUUUCAUGCAGCUUCAGACCCGCUCUGCAGACGAGCCCAUGACCACCUUCUACAAGUGCUGCAAUGCUCAGUGUGGACAUCGCUGGCGGGACUAGGGCCAGGUUGGCUCAGCUGUGUCAGCGUCUGCUUACCGUAUUCCCCAGGGUGGAUUCCCAGCUGCGAGCGUGGCGGAAAGCUAACCCUUUUAGGGUGGCUGGCCAGGGGCUGAGGAAAUGUAGCCCAUCUCCCAGUCAGUGGAUUAACUCAUUAAUGUCCAGGAGACUGUGUGUGUGGAGAGGAGUGUCCAUAACUAAGUGCAUCCUGUUUAAGGUCCUGUUCUGCAUCUUUUACAUUUAUUGGGCAGUUGACAUUCUCUCACCAUCAGCCGACACUCUUAAACAUUUACAUUGUUUGCACAACUAAUAAAGUAAAACUUAGUAGUUUAGUACAUUAGAUGUCCCUCAGUAUUUAACUGUAAAUGCAAACUUAUUUAAUCAAAAUUUAUUCUGAAAAUUUAAUUAAAGUUAAAAGUCUAAUAUUACCUUCGCAGUGUUUUAAAUGCCUGAAGAAGUAGACAUCAAACCCCAAAACAGGAUUCCAAAACUGACUACUAUACUUAG